AUGUCCAACCUGGGAGCGACAACCACCGAGAACGGAAGUGAUCGAUCGGGCAAGGUUUUCAAUCGAAAAAUUUUCAUUUCUAUCCUUUCCCAUCGUCGUAUCUCGCUCGUCGGUCGACGAAGAAUUUAACGCGUCAACUGUAAAUUCACAAAAUUUAGAUCGCUCAUGAAAUUACAGCGAAACGAGACAGGGUCGAUCGACGAGUUCGUCAAAAAGUUUCUGCCAACACUUCCACGUACGUUCAAGAGCUUGCUUGACACGCCGAUCAACGUCGAAAACGACGAACCUCGGGAGCUCAUCAAUCGAAAUACAUACGGGACACUUUCUCUCCGCAGAUUACUAGGAAAUCUUCUUGGCAUUACCGAUUAUGCCACGAACAUGGCGUCCUUUUGGUUCUUGGACACGUUGGCGUUUUACGUGGUACGACACAGAGGAGAUCUCGAUGAAUAUUACACGAGUGUUUUGAUCAGCUGGUUGGCCGGAGAAAUUAGAUUGCUCCGAGAUAGGAAACAUACUCGGGAAGAUUUUUUUAGAGAAAUGAGAGGCAUUUUCGCCGUGGCGGCUGACAAAAUAUCUGAACAGAACCGAGUGCCGUAUUGGGACGAAAUCGUGGACGAAUACGACUCGCAGGCAGAAACAGAAGAAAGACUGUCAACGGGAGGUCAAUCGAUAAAAAGAAGUUUACGAGAACACUUUCCUCAAGAUGACGCCAGAUUUUCGAGUAACAUCGAUCCAGUUUUGGCAUUGGAUAUAGUGAUCGAGGAUACUUACGACAUGUACGCGAACGAGUUGCGUUAUGCUCUUAUUUAUGCAGUCUUCGUGGAACCAAUUGAAAUACAGGCUUAUAACUUACCAUUUACUUUUCGAACACCACGCCCGAUAAAACUGGCAGAUCCCAAGACGAUUCCUUUUAAUGUGCAAUUGCAAAAAAGUUUGAGAAUGAUCGACACAGUGGAAAACUCUAAAAAGAGCAAUGCCAAAGGUAAAAAGAUCAAAACGAUUCCCGAAGUACCACCAACACCUCCACCCUCUUUGAACGAUGAAGUGAAGUUGAUGUACAAUCGUUCAUUUAUUUUACCAUUAAUAGAAGCGAACGAAUCGUCGGAAAUAUUCGACACGACUGUGCCCCAUUCAGAACACUUGAAAUCUUUAAUAUUGUCGGAAUUUAAAGGAACAUCGAGCUUAACAAAUUUUGGCGAGCUGGGAAGUUUUUCCGGAGAUCGCCCUAACUGUCCGUACUUGUUACAUCCGCAACCCCACAGCGUGCCAUCAUCUGGACUUUUGUCAAUCUUGAGAAAACUGCGUUCCAAUCCGGACAAAGAAUUGCGACUGCUCCUUUUGGGAUUAGACAAUGCUGGGAAAACAACGAUUUUAAAAUCGCUGGCCAGCGAAGAUAUUACGCAGGUAACGCCGACACAAGGCUUUAAUAUAAAAAGCGUUCAAAGCGAAGGUUUUAAAUUAAACGUUUGGGACAUAGGAGGUGCUCGAAAAAUUCGUCCCUAUUGGCGAAAUUAUUUCGAAAAUACGGAUGUUUUAAUAUACGUCGUGGACAGCGCGGAUAUAAAGAGACUAGAAGAAACAGGUCAAGAAUUGUCGGAACUUUUGCUGGAGGAAAAAUUGAGAGGUGUUCCUUUGUUGGUCUAUGCAAAUAAGCAAGAUCUUGGACAAGCUGUCACAGCGGCCGAAAUCGCUGAAGGUCUUGGAUUGCACAAUAUUAAGGAUCGUGAUUGGCAGAUACAAUCAUGCAUCGCGACUGAAGGGAAAGGCGUCAAGGUAAAUUAAUUUCGUUACUUGACUCUGUUCCAAACAAAACAACUUUUAACGAAAAAUAAAAUAUAAAAAUAAAAAUAAAAAUAAAAUUCCUAGAAGAAAUUACAUAUGUGAUUUCGUUUUUUUUUUUUCUCAAAAAUAUUUAAGAAAUUUAGCGUUAAAUCUCAUAAUUUUCCAGGAGGGUCUUGAAUGGGCAUGCAAGAACAUCAAGAGGAAGUAA